AUGGCCAUGUUUAUCCAACCGCGAUCAGAGGAGGCAAGUACUCAAGUCGAGAACCGUGGGCCUCUGCUGUUGAUCAUCAACGGCACAGCGACAGGUAUUGCGGUGAUCGUUGUGGGUCUUCGAGCGAUCUCCAGAAUCUUUAUCUUGAAAAAAUUCGGUCUGGAUGACGCGACAAUGGUGAUCGCCAUGAUCUUUGCCGUUCUCAACGUCGUGGUCGCGGGCCUCGGAGUCAAGUAUGGAACAGGGAAGCAUAAGUGGGAUGUUGGUUCAAAUGACACGAUUCCAGCUGCAAAGGUUCGAUACGUGACGCACAUCAUUUAUACGCUGAUCAGCGGCCUGAUCAAAGCAUCAAUCUGUUUACUAUAUUUGCGCCUCUUCCCUAAUAUUCGAAAACUCACGCUCGGUACGAUCGGUUUCAUCACGGCCAUGAGCAUCGCCGUCAUUCUCGCGACAAUCUUCCAAUGCUCUCCGGUUGAUGCCGUUUACGACGAAGACAAAUACCAGAAUUAUACUUGCUUUGCAUCUAUUCCGUUCUGGUACACCACUGCUGUGUUGUCCCUGGUGACAGAUAUCUGGAUAUUUGCUUUGCCGCUGAAAAUUAUGAUGGGUCUCCAGCUUGAUCAUAAGAGACGAUUCAUCAUCAUCGGGCUAUUAUCAUUGGGUUUAUUUGCCUGUAUAGCCAGUAUUGUGCGAAUGGUCUACAUUGUCAAACUAUACGAAAGCUCCGACCCUACCUGGGAUACCUUUGGCGUUUCAAUCUGGUCGGGGAUUGAAUUGGCUGUCGCCAUUAUUGCUGCCAGCAUUCCAGCAAUUAAGCCCCUUGUGGAUGCCCUCUUCCCGGCGUUAUUUGCCAGUAGUAGAGGCACGUCGCAAUCCGCGGGUCGAAGGACUUAUCAUUCGAACAGCCAUGAGCUACAUUCUCAGCGAUACCAGCGCAAAGAUGCUUUUCCACUUUCGCUUGUUACGCCGAGAGAAGAAAGCGACACGGGCGAUGAUGAAUCUACAAAAGCGAUCGCACAUGCAAAUUAG